AUGCUAAAAGCUGUAUUGUGUUCGCACAAUUCAGUGGGGCGUAUCUACCUCAAGACUCUGAUGACGCAUGAGCAGAGCGCAGAAGAACAACAGUUACGAAUAAUAUACGAGCUAGUGCUCGUAUCGUUAAAAUGGAGAUGGAUAGGUCACAUGGUUAGAUGCAAACUUGGAAAAUGGAGCAAACGGGUGGUAUGUGGUAUCCAAGAAAUGGGACCAGAAGACAAAGGCGCCCAAAAAAACGAUGACGAGAUGAUAUGA